CAGCAACUCCAACGCCAUGAAACGCAGACGUGGCAUAAGGCUACCGUGGGCCGUUGUUGCACCGCCGCAAAUAAAAUAUCUUAAUUAUAAUUAUACAACAUAUCAAAGUUUUAGCGUUAAUCUAGUCCUCCUGUUGCAACGCAUGCUGUUAUUAUGGCUGAUCAUGGCCGCAGUGGUGCUGGUGAGCGUACAGGCCGACGGUUGUCCGCCCUCUGAGGCCAUACUGCCAUGCCGUUGUUCGCUGCGCGGCAAAGAAAUUCAAAUAUGGUGCUCACAUAGCAAUUUGCCGCAAAUAAUGGACGGCAUUAAGGCGGUUGAACGCAACAUUAAAAGUCCAAUCGAUGAGCUGGUGCUGGAAAAUAACCAACUGCCAGCACUACCCGGUCGCUUCUUUGGCACCUUACAGAUAGUGAGAUUAAUGCUACGCUAUAAUAGCAUUGAACGCGUCUCUAACGGUUGGCUGAAUGAGCUGGAAAACCAUUUGGUGGAAGUGUACAUUGUGGAACCACAAUUGCGUAGUGUACCGGUAGAGAGUUUGAAUGGCAUGAUCAAUAUGAUCGCGAUCACCAUACAAUCCGAUGCACUAAAACAUUUGCCAGACUUUUCGGGCCUACUUAGUCUCACCUAUUUGAGCGUGCAGAGUAAGUCGUUGACCGAAUUGCAGUCGCAUUGGUUUCGUCAUUUACCGAAGCUACAAAAUGUGCAUAUAAAUGGUGGUCCGCAUUUGAUACGUCUUGAAGCUACUACGUUCGAUGGUUUGAUAUCGCUUAAAAAUAUUGAUCUUAGUCGCAACGCAAUCAACUGGAUACAUUUGCGCGCGCUCAGGCGUUUGCCAAACCUCGUUAGCCUAAAGAUGUCCUACAACGAAAUUAGCGAUGUGGGUAUGGUGGGAAGAAUUGUAAAGGAUUUAGAAAAUUUAAAGAAAUUGCGUUUGGAUCAUAAUAUUAUUAAUAUUGUGGAGGACGGUUCAUUCGUAGAUCUGCCGCACCUAUCAGAGUUGCAUUUGAAUGACAAUCGUAUCACCGAGCUAGAAUAUGGUGCCUUCCUCCGCACACCUAUGCUAAAAACAAUAUAUCUGCAUAAUAAUCACAUACGUCGCAUACACCCUGAAUCAUUCCUUCAAGCUUCCGGCAGCGGUGUAGAGACGAUUUACGCGUACAACAACGAAAUCGAGCGUGUCAGCGAGCUUCGUUCCUUGCUCGACGCUCUGCCAUCGCUCAAAUUUCUCGACAUGAGCAACAACUAUCUCACUGACAUACCAUUUGGUGCAUUGCGCGGUCACGGCACACUCGAACAACUUCAUCUGAAUAACAAUUUGCUGCGUACACUGGAACAUGAUGCGCUAAUGGCAAUGCCAGCCUUGCGAGAGCUACGCAUGCGCAAUAACAGUUUAUCCAACGAACUGCCAAUGCCUUUUUGGAACUUACCCGGACUUAAGGGGCUUGAUUUGGCAGCAAACAACUUUCGAACUAUCGAUUCACUUCUAUUAGGUGGCUUGCCAUCGCUGCGACGACUUGAUCUAAGUGAAAAUGGUUUAGUAAAGUUGGAUCCCAAAACCUUCAUACAUAAUCCUAUGCUGGAAACUUUAAAUAUUUCCUAUAAUGAACUCUCUGCCAUACAUCCGGCGACAUUUCGCAAUUUGAAUCGUCUCUUUGAGGUGGAUGCAAGUUAUAAUCUACUGUCAGACAUUAUUCCCGGUCUGCCGAAGAUAGUCGAACGCGUUUCAAUGCGUGGAAAUGCCAUUGCCACACUACCUUUCUCCAUCGGAAAAUCACUAAGUUUGCCUAACUUACGUAUGCUCGAUUUAAGCGUGAAUCGCUUGGAACAGCUACCAAAGUACAGUUUCCAGGGAAUGCCACAGCUGCGCGUGCUCAGUUUGGCUAAUAAUCGACUGCGCACAUUGGACGACACCGCUUUCAUGGGUGCUACACGCUUGGAACUUUUACAUCUGCAAGAUAACGGCUUGUCACACAUCGAUGAGCGUACGUUUCUGCCGCUAGCCGAAUUGCGUAAUCUCAACUUACAAGGCAACAAGCUGGAAAGCGUUACCGACAAUUUAUUUUCAAACAAUUCACGCUUGGAACAACUUGAUUUGUCUAGAAACAUAAUACGCACUAUAGCACCCUCAGCAUUUGAGGCUCAGCGUUCGCUAGAGUAUCUGGAUUUGUCCAGCAAUGCGUUAACUGAUAUGUCGGUUAGCCUAUCCAGUCUCGUUAAUUUGCAUGACAUAGACCUGAGUUAUAACCAGAUUACACGCGUGCAUGCAGAUGUCGUGUCUUUAUGGCGUAAUGUCGUUGAAAUACGACUCGCCAAUAACCUUAUUGUCGAGUUGAAACAUGGCACAUUUCGCAACCUGCCAAAACUGCAGUAUUUGGAUUUGUCCAGCAAUGAAAUUAGCUCGGUAGAGCCGGGUGCGUUAAAACACCUGCCAGAUCUUCAAGAAUUUGUUUUAGCGGACAACAAAUUGGUGGAACUGAAGGAUCACGUCUUCGAAGAUCUACCGAACUUGCUGGCUUCACAUUUCCAAUACAAUACAUUACGUUACAUAUCACCAGAUAGUUUCUUUAACUCGCCCUCCAUGGUCUUCUUAAAUUUGUCUAACAAUAACUUUCAUAACAUGGAAAAUAUUGGACUGCGUGCAAUGCGCAACCUGGAGGUCUUAGAUUUGUCUACAAAUGGUGUGCGUAUGGUCAAUACCAUGCCAUUGAAAUCGUUAAACUGGUUAGUCGAGCUUAAAAUGGACAACAAUCGUAUUUGCAAGAUUCAAGGCGGCCCAUUCGAAACCAUGCCUCGUCUACGGGUGCUUUCAAUGCGUAACAACCAACUGCGCACCAUCAAAGAGCGCACCUUCCGAAAUUUACGCGGCAAUAUUGCCAUACUUGAUGUAGAUGGCAACCCCAUAAAUUGCUCUUGUGAAAUGCAGUGGCUCUCUGUGUGGCUACAGGAGACAAAUUUUCCAUAUCCUGGUCCGAAAUGUCAAGAUGGUCGACUGCUACGUGCCUCACGUAUGGAUCGCAGCCUCUGUGCCGGUUUCGAAGAUAGCAAUCAACGCCGUGGUUCGGGAAGCGAUAACAGUUUCAGCAGCGACAACGCUAACCAUUUGCCGCUCUUAAAUGAACACGGUGAUAUUUUCCAACGCGAUUUGCAAGAGGAAUUCAGCGACGAAUGUGAGGAGUAUGAUAUUUCGCCCGGAGAGCGACCUUUGGCUGGUGAGAGUGAAUACUUUUACGAUCAGUAUGUCGACUAUACUCCAUCGAACGAGACGAACUCAUAUGUUAGUACAGACGCGCCGAUUUCGCACACAAAUAUAGCAAGUAAUUCAGUGCUAAGUACGCAGAAGAAACCGCCAAUUAGUGCAAACAUUGAUCUGAACAACACCAUACUGAAUACCAACUACUUCAAAAGGCAGCCUCAGCCGGCGGGCGCGCAAACCAGUUCGCCCUUUACAUUCUUUGGCUAUCCCAUACCGUCGCUGAGUUUGGGACGCUUCUUCGGCGCUGGUCAGCGUGGGCGUAAAGACCGUGGUGAAAAGACUAGCACUACGUCAACUAUGCAAAGCACAGCGAGCACCACGGAAAGUGGCUUGACCCCAUUAUCAGCCACACAUCGCAUGCAUACGCCACACGGCAAGGUGCGUAUGUAUCAACCGAACAGCGCCGAAUUCGAGAAGUAUCUAAAUCCGCCAGACUCGCAGUAUCCGGACGUGUCGGCCAGAAAUCGGCACACAACUACAAUAGCCGCCAGCACUGAUUCCAGCUCUGACGAGACAACAAGUAGUGAAACACCAAUCAGCGUCUUUAAAACCGCUUUCCGUGAGCCAACGAGUGUAGAACGUGGUGGCUUUCGUCCAAUAAUGCCGGAGCAUGUGGGAGGAUUUAUGCCAGUGCACGAUCCCUCAAAGCGGCGCGGCGUAGUGGAACCCAUACCAACGCCAACAAAAUAUACGACGAAGCAUACGGAACGUGAUUACAUUCCAAUGAUACCGGUACACGAAGACAAUAACCAUGGACCAUCCAACAGGUUCAGCAAUUUAAGACCCACAACUGCACCCUUGCCCACCACGGCCUUAACCACUGCAGAGUCCGCCAGUGAAGAGUUUGAGACGCAAACCUACUACGUAACCGAAAAUCCUACAGAGCUCACCACGCCAGCGCGCCGUAUAGCGCCACCAUACAUGGCAACAACUACACCAACAACCGCAAUAACUAUAACAGACCCAACAACAACACCUACUAGCACACGCUAUUUACCACGCACUAUAGCGACCAUAGCCACAACACCUACACCUUUGCGCACGACAACCAUACCAACGAGCAUAACAACAACAACUUCUAAAACGCGUGCAACGACUGCAACCCAAGCGCCUACAUAUAAUAUGGACAAUAGUGACACUUUUGACACCGGCGAGAUUUACGACGACUUGGAGGCACAAUCUGUCGGCAUGCUUAAGCCGCCACCACUUUUACAAACCACCACAGCGGAGACUAUAUUACUAAUACCACCGCCGGAGGAGCAUGUCGAGCAGAUUAAACGUCACUCUUGGGUAAUGAAAACGACAUCUACAACGCAGGACACUCCAACUAACAGUUACAUCGAUGCAGCCGGAAGCGGCAGUGACAGCCUGGCAAGCGCCGAACCCCCCACCACUCCACUAACUGUUGCUAAUGUUUCUCCGCGACAACCACGCCCAUCUGGUGGACGAUCCAUAAUCACCAAAGUACAAACACCACAAUCGCUAAAUCAGUAUCUACCCACGGCGGAGGAGUACCAUCGCACAACACCACACACGCACGGAGACAACACAUUUCUCGAUCCAAGCGCAUUUGGUGAUCAGCAGGAUCUACUGCAACAGCAAUUAUUAACAGCUGCGCGUAAAGACGAUUAUAAUGGCCCCGAACCGGACGCAGAAUCGGUGGACACUGCGGCGACCGCUUAUCAGCAGGUAGAGCGUGCGGAACGAAAGGACGGCAUGGAUUGGUACUACGAGAGCUUCAAGAAACCGCGGCCGGGUACAGUGGCAGGCAGUAGCUUGCGCAGCAGUGUGGAGUUCAUGGCGAACGCCGGCGCUGACGGCAAUAAAUUGAAAUAUUUUGGUUAUGAGAGGAAUGCAUGUAAUUUAAUGUUCUUAUUAAGUUUUUUAGUAAUAAUUUUUUGAAAACUAUUUAUUUUUCAUUAAGUUUAACGUUUCUCUUGUAUCGGAGAGUGUUUAUAGUUAUGCAAAGAUAUUGCAAUAUUGUAAAGAAGAGUUGUAACUUUAUCUGCGAAUCGAAUACUCAUGCAAAAACUGCUUAUAAUUAAUGUUCAUAUUUUAUUAUUAGCAAUAUUUGGUAGAAAUUGUUUUAAUGUUGCAAUUAUUCAUAAAAUUAUUUAAACAUACAAUAGUAAUAGUAAAUUAAAUAAUAAAAAAAAAAAAACAAUAACAAAUUUAUUGAAUGUAAUACGUACGCAUUAGUGAGCAUCAGUUUUCGCAUAAAAUAUUGUUUUAAGGGGGAGCGGGGUUAAUUUGUGCAAAACAAUGCCCAUUUUUAUGAUUUUUUUUAUGAAACAGUUAUAAUCGAUUUUUAAAAACCAAUGGUACAAUAUGACAUUCAAAGAAUAUUAUGUUAAAUUUUCAUAGAAAAAUAUUAGAAAAUACGACAAUGACGAGCAAUGCUGCUGGAGCGUUUUGAAAAAAAGUUAAAUUGUGGUGCCCAUCAUAACUUGAUGCUGGCUCAUCAUAUAUAAAAAAAAAGUCAAAAUUGUAUCGUUAGAUAAACGCUUUGCCUAGAUAAUGCUGGAGGGUCUUCGAAACUAUAAUUUUUAUUUUUUAUUUAUAUUAAACUGGAAAAUAUUAAACAAUAAAAAAAAGCAUUUCCGGCGUUACCUCGAAAAUUAUGUAAAGAAAUAGUAUUGAAAUUUUCAACAAGAUCGGUGCAGUAGUUUCUAAAUUAUGAGGAGCAUCGACUUUGAAAACAAAAAAAAUCGAUUUAGAAACCCUAUUCAGCCUUUAAAGUAAGAAACGCAAGGUCUAUAAUUAUUGAUUAUACAUUUUUCUACUAUUUUUGGGUAUUUAUUUCAAACGACAUUUCGCCAUUAAUACCAAAUUAAGGCCCCUACCACGGUUUUCAACCCAACUGCAUUUCGGUUAAAGUUUUGGUUUCAACUCAAUCCGUCAAAAAAAUGUUGGUUGCAGUGUUGUCGGACUUCUACUUUUUAUGGUAUUACGGAUUUCAACUCUGUGCCAGUGGUGUUGGCUAGAGUAUCAAAAAAUGUUAACUGUCAACUUAUUAG